UCGCUGAUGUGAUGACACACACUCUCACACACACGCACACACACACACAGAUGCAGGAGUCUCUUUCGCUCGGGAUGCCGCUGUAGUCCGCGCUCCGCAGAGCGGGCGGGCGUGCAUCGCGUGCGACUCUCCGCGGGGCGUCAGCAUGGUGGCGAAGGAUGACCCGAUACACCUGAUGAUCAGACGCGCGACCUGCAGCGUGGACGAGCCGAGCGCCCGCGGCCGGGGCGCGCGCAGAGAGCUGGAGGAGCCCAGCACGAAGCGUGUGAAGCCUCUGUCUCGAGUGACGUCUCUGGCGAGCCUCAUUCCUCCAGUUAAAGCGGCUCCACUGAAGCGCAUCGGACAGACCCUGCAGCGCUCCAUCAGUUUCCGCAGUGACUGCCGCCCGGAGAUCAUGGCCCCGCGGCAGAUCCCGCCAGCCGCCACCAAGCGCCGUGACAGCAAGCUGUGGAGCGAGACGUUUGACCUGGGCCUGGGACACAUGCUGUCCUCCAGAGACAUCAAGAGACAAGAGUCCAUCUUUGAGCUGUCUCAGGGAGAACAGGACCUGAUUGAGGACUUGAAGCUGGCCAAGAAGGCGUAUCGUGACCCCAUGCUGAAGCUGUCGAUUAUGGCGGAGCAUGAACUCAAUCAGAUCUUUGGCACGCUGGACUCCCUCAUUCCCCUGCAUGAAGAUCUGCUGAGUCGGCUGCGAGAGGCCAGGAAGCCGGAUGGCUCGACCGAUCGCGUGGGCCAUAUUCUAGUGGACUGGCUGCCUUGUCUGGACACCUACAACAGCUACUGCAGUAACCAGGUGGCAGCCAAAGCCCUGCUGGACCAUAAGAAGCAGGACCCUCGGGUGCAGGACUUCCUCCAGCGCUGCCUGGAGUCGCCCUUCAGCCGCAAACUGGACCUAUGGAGCUUCCUGGACAUCCCGCGCAGCCGCCUGGUCAAAUACCCGCUGCUGCUCCGAGAGAUCCUCAAACACACCCCCAACGCCCACCCCGACCAGCAGCACCUGGAGGAAGCUAUUAACAUGAUCCAGAGCAUCGUGGCCGAUAUUAACACACAGACGGGCGAGUCGGAGUGCCGUUUCUACAAGGAACGCUUGCUAUAUCUGGAAAGUGGGCAGAAAGAUCUGUUGAUCGAAAGCUCGCGGAUCCUCAGCUGUCACGGAGAGCUCAAGAACAACAGAGGAGCCAAGCUGCACGUAUUCCUGUUUCAGGACGUGUUGGUGAUCACACGGGCCAUUACCCAGAAUGAGCAGCUGUGGUAUCAGCUCUACCGGCAGCCGAUCCCAGUGAGAGAGCUGGAGUGGGAAGACCUGCAGGACGGAGAGAUGCGCCUGGGCGGUUCCAUCAGAGGGGCCUUCAGCAACCAUGAGCGGACCAAGAACUUUUUCCGGGUGGUGUUUCGCAGCGGAGGACAACUGCAGUCGCACUCGUUCCAGGCCAGCGACGCCUUCAACAAACAGCAGUGGCUCAACUGCAUCCGCCAGGCCCAGGCAGGAGCGCGGCUGUGUGCGCCCCCUACAGGCAGCGUGAUGGACACCACUGAGGCUAGCCUGGCUCUGAGCACUGACCGCACACACACGUAAACACCUCGUCCAGUGCAUAAACUCUCACAGUCCUGCUAACCAGCGAUCCUCUCAGUAUUGUUUCGGAAAUGCCACCGUUCGCAGGAAGCACUUCUCUGGAAUUGACACUACCUUUGUUUCUCAAUGUUCCUCAACUUCUAUGUCAUACUUGUGCCUUUCUUUCACUGUGCUGUUGUUUUGUUAACACUGAAAGUCACCGAGGAUGAGCUUUCUGCCAUUCCACAUCCUGUGACGCGGGGUCGUUUUACAGUAAAGCGCACUGAAAUGCACAACCGUCUGCAUGAAUACAGUCACACACAAAUGUUCAGAUGUUCAUUCAUUGAUCACCAAUAAAAAAUGACCAGUCGAAUGUUUUCGCAACAAAGAAGGUUUGUGUAUCACACACAUUCAUCUCGUAUGUCACGAUUAAAGUGUUUGUGCAUCGGUGUCAGAGCCACAAACAGCGGUUCUCUACUUCAUGUUAUUACUUGUGUUGAAGAAUCGACUGCUCAGUUCUGAAUUGUAUGGCAGUGGAGACCGUCAUUUCCUGAACCUGUGAUUGACAUUGUGGCAGAAAUAUCGAUUUUAUACAUGCAAGUGUUCUGUUGGACUACAGUGUAGCAUAAACUGCAGCUGAACGUCUCUUGUGCCAUGUAGCUCAGCGACAUCUUUAUCAGUGUUUGUGUGCGCUGUAACCUGUGCUGUAAAAACACGAGCUUCGCCAAAUCGUGUUUGGUGCUCUCCGUGAGUUAAGGUUUACUCACUAAACAACAACAGUUUAUAAAAACUAUCCAAAAAAGUAUUUUAUUCUGUUUCUUUUACACUCGUUUUCCCUCAAGUAUUGUAUUGAAAUGUAUGAUGUAAGAUGUUUAUUUAUAAUUUGUUUUUCUGCUUAUUUGCUGUUGUUGUCGGAUUAAAAGGAAGCGAUUGGAUGAAGAGAGAGUGUGUGUUCUAGAAAGGAAAUCAAGAAAAUCAAAUAAACAUUUUAGAAAACCUCA